ACUUGGACUGUCAAACUUUGACUUGUGUUCAUCAAUGACUCUGACGACUAACCUAAAAAAUUGGGUCAAAUAGUCAAUAAAAACUGCAGCUUUAAAAAAAAUUAGGAUUAAAAUGGAAAGCAAAAAUUCAGCAGUGUUGAAUGUCGUGUCUGAAUCGAAAGCAAUAUCGUCCAUUUUGAUGCAGGACAAUUCCAAAGACCUUGACCAUUCCAGUAUUUGUAGCGGAACAACCUUUGAUAGGGACAAUUCAUUAGUACAAUCGCCCAGUUUAGAGAGCUUUUCCAGUAUUCACGAUAUCGAAAACCUGUCGGAGUUGACUAUGGAUGAAAAUUCCGAUUUGUGUGUGAAAAUUGAUAAUCCUGAAAAGCAUGUGGAGACUAUGGAGACUUACAUUACAUUCCGCAUCACUACACGGGUAGCUAGAAUAGAGUUUUCAGACCACGAGUAUAUCGUACGGCGACGAUAUAAUGACUUUUUAUGGUUGAGGCAAAAGCUGAUGGAAUGCCACAAUUUUUGCAUUGUCCCGCCAUUACCUGCGAAACACUCCUUAAUAGGCCAGCUAGACCGAUAUUCCAAAGAGUUCAUUCUAUCAAGAAUGAAAUCGCUUAAUGUAUUUAUAAACCGCAUUUGCAAGCACCCAAUUCUCAGUUGCAACGAUAACCUGAAGAUAUUCCUAACGUCCACCCGACUUGAAUUUUCUCAUCACAGAAAAAAUAAAAAUUCCAUAUCAAGUUGUAAUGGUACGAUAGCAACUCUUAAUCAUCCCAGUUCUAGCCAUACCGUUCUGAGAAAUCGCCAUGUAGAGUUUGACAGAGUGAAGACCUACCUGGCAAUGCUCACCGAAAAGCUGUCCUCCCUAGAGAAGAUAUCGGGUAGAAUAAACAAAGACCGAAGUGAUCUGAUUUCAGAAAUCAAUAACUUUCACCCGAUAUUCAUUCGAUGGUCUGCUUCUGAGCCUCAGAUUUGCUCGACGUUGGAAAACAUCGGAAACGCCCUUGAACGAAGCUCCGCGGCUCAGAGUGCCUUAGUUCACAGCUACAACAACAGCAUGGGAGCGCCGAUUAAGGAAUUUCUGCAAUAUAUUGAUGUGGUUCAGGAGGUUCUGCGGAAACGCGAGGCAUUUCAGUGCGACUAUGAAACAUCUCUGGAGGAGCUGCAUAAGAGGCACAGCGAAAAGGAUAAGUUAGUUGCUUUGUCCCAAGAUCGGUCGCCGCACAGCGGCGGAGGCUUUGGUUUAUGGAGACAGCCAAGCUAUGAUGAUAAAUUGGAGAAAUUAGGCAGCUGUAUUCCGCAGUUAUUGAAAAUGGUGGAAACUUCACAAGACAGCUUGGAGAUGGCCAACGAGUUUCUGCGAAGCGAUCUCGAGUGUUGGCAAGAAGAGAAGCGCCAAUGCCUGAAGAAGAUCCUGUUGGAUUUUGUCGGGAAACAGAUCAACUACUAUGAGGCCAGCGUGAACGCCUGGGAGCACGUUACCAAUGAAAUGAAAAAAUCAAACAAACUUUAAGAGGCAAUCACCAAAAUAUAUUAUUGAUUAAAAUCGAAGAUUUAUUAAAGUAAAGCUAUAGAGAUAUUAA